AUGUUGGCUCAAUCUUUGGUAAGAAAUUCAGUAGUUUUAAGACCGGUAAUACUUUCUGCCCGUUACAGUGCAGUUCGUAUGAUCUCUACCACUUCAAGUUGCGCUAGGGAUCAUAGAAUGAAGCAUCCAAAUCCAGAAGAUGUGAAAGAACAGAAAAAAUUCGAUGCAAAUAAGAAGAAACUGGAGAAAUUAGAGCACGGUGGUCAUUCUGGUAUUAAGAAACCAUCAAUGGAAAAAUUACAACAAAAGGGUGAAGAUGCAAGAAUUGAACAAAACAGACCAGAUGAUGGUGUCUACUAA